CGUCAUCGUCGCGUUAUCGUGUAGCAGCAGAGCCACUCGCUCACCCCUCUUGCAAUCACUAGUGCCACGCUUAGGAGUUUGGAGGAUAGAGGUCUUUCGUGAUCGCACGCUCUGAUUUUUCUAGAAAGAGGGACCGGCUGCCCGAUUUCGUCGACGUUCUCACCCGGCAACAGCACUUCGUAGCAGGGCUGCAGCUGGUGGAAGCUCUGAGAUCGGCGCGAGACAUCAACACACUAAACCAUGGGCAAGAAGAAGGUUCUCCUGAUGGGCAAGUCCCGAUCAGGCAAGACCUCGAUGCGCUCCAUCAUCUUCGCAAACUACGGCGCCAAGGAUACCAUCCGCCUCGGGCCUACGCUUGACGUGGAGCACUCGCAUGUCAGGUUUUUGGGGGACAUGGUGCUGAACCUUUGGGACUGCGGGGGGCAGGACUCGUUCUACGAGACGUACUUCAACUACCAGCAGGAAUUCAUCUUCCGCUCUGUGGAGGUGUUGAUCUACGUCUUCGACGUAAUGAGCGAUGACGUUACCGGCGACCUUGAGCGAUACCGGGGGGUGUUGGAGGCGGUGGACCGGAAUUCCUCAGAUGCGAGGGUGUUUGUGCUGAUCCACAAGAUGGAUCUAGUUACCGAGGAAGACCGAGAGGUUGUCUUCUUGAACCGAAGGCAGGUCAUCUCGGACGUUAGCGGCGGCGUGGAGCUGACGUUCUUCAUGACGUCGAUUUGGGACGAGACCCUUUACAAGGCGAGCGAAACCGCGUGGUCUUCGAUCGUGUACUCUCUUAUCCCGAACAUGGAGGUGCUCGAGAGCCACCUCGACAACUUCUGUGAUAUUUGCGGGGCCGAUGAGGUGGUUUUGUUCGAAAGGGAAACGUUCCUGGUGAUCGCGCACGCGACGCAGGUCCGACACCCGGAUGUCCACCGAUUCGAGAAGAUCUCCAACAUCGUCAAGCAGUUCAAGCUCAGCGUCAGCAAAACCAACCUCAAGUUCGAGGGAAUGAUGGUGAAGAACUCGAACUUUACGGUGUUCAUCAGCGACUUCACGGAGAACACGUACAUCAUGGUGGUGACGACGAGUCCGCUGGUCGAGAAGGCCACCACCGAGCUCAACAUCAAGGCGGCGAAGAAGCACUUCGAGAGGUUGCUGGUCAAGCCGGAGGACCUCGGGCACCACGAGAUGAAUCACCGUCACCACCAGCCGGGCCAAGUCGCGUGACCGCGGUCGCGGGGUCUCCCAGCCAACCGUCAGGCGUUCGUCGUGUAUCACCGGUUGAAACCGUUUUUCUGGUUGUCGUUCCCGCCGUGCCAUGUGGCACCAUGGCGGAUCGCCGUGUUUUUUCGAUUGUUGCUUUUCGAUAUGUUGCCGCGGGUGUGCGAGGAGACGGCUUCCUCUGGUUGUGUGCUUACCGUUUGUACCGACUGUUGUCUUUUUUGCUGUGAACGGCUUCUCUGCGCGUGCAUACGGCGAAGCCUCGGUGGUCGGUGCAUUGUGUGUGUAUCGUGUGCCUCGAGACAAGCUACAGAAUAGAGAAACAAACGGCAAUCCCAUAUAUUUAUCAUCGUUAGUCUAGGUGUGGCCAAGGGUUAGCUUGCGCCUCGUGGGUGUGUGUGUUGGCCUGUAAUUGUGUUCGUAUGCAGCACCAGCAGCGGUAGUGUGUUGUGUCGUCGGAGGGCGUUCCAGCGUGUGUGUUUGUUUUGGCCUUCGACGAACUUAUAGGUAGAUGUUUCUUUGAUUCGUUUUUUUAGGUGCCCUCGGUCCAAGUGUAGGCCUUGUUAGCUGGUAAGCUAGCUGCUGCUGCUGCUGCUGCUGCUGCUGCUGCAUGGUUCUCAUGCCAACAACGUGCCGGCCGGUGACACUGCUGUAUUUUUCAGUUUGCUUUUCGUCGUGUGCCGCGAGUUCCAUGUAGCUUGUUUGUAGUCACUCGUGGAAAAUGUGUUUUUUGUGUAAUUUUUUUUUGGGGGGGGGAUCGUCCGUGUACACCUCUCGCUCUCGAAAACCCGUAUCGGUAUCGCCAUAUGCCCUCCUUGCAACGGAUUAUUGAAACGGUCAGUGAAGGCGCUGGUAGCGAAGGUCAUGGGCGGGGGGUGGAAUAGGUUCGGGUCGUGUUCGGUUUCAGACGGGAAGAGUCGACCCUGCUGCGGUUGGCGGUUUGGCAAGCAGGCUAAUGGUAACAUUUGGCUGAGUCAACGGUUGUCGCUUUGCCGACCGCACGUAAGUUCGUGCAUGGCUUGGGGUCGACGCCCCCUCUGCUUCGACCCGCCUCGGACUCUAGUCCAGGGCUUCUACCCCCCCCCCCUCGCGUUGAUUCGUCGAUAGUUAGCGCUCAUUUACCUCGCAGAUCUCGAAUGCCCCUAGUACCUAGUACUGAAGGCUCCGUCAUAUUCGCGCAUUUUUAGCUAACAGUCUCUAUGCAUUGAUGCAUGCAACGCUUUUCUGUCGCCGGUUUGGAGCCCACUCUUGUGUUGGGUUUGCGAGGGGCUGAUUGUGGGAUCGUGCUGCGACUGUUGUGAUGAUGAUGAUGACAGCGGGCAUACUUGCUCCGCUCCCCUUCGUGAGUUGUUUGUUUUGUUCGGUGUGUGCCAGUUGCUCCUCCCCCCCUCCCCCUCUUUUUUUUUUCGUGCCUGCUUGUUGGACCGAGAUGGCCGCGCUUAACGUGCUUGGGGGGGGUGUCCUUUUUGCCUUCCUUCGCGGGGCCUCCUACUGGCUGUGGAAAAUGAUCGAUGGAUAAUUGUUUUGGAAGCGCGAGUGCGUGCAGAAAACGACGAAGGAUACGGUCUCCCAAAGGUGAACUUGCAAUACAUGCUCGAGGAGAAAGCAUGUCAGACACGACCAAAUGGCGGGAUUGAUAGUGUGUCGUACUACAUAUGCACAUCCUGUAUUUCUUCUUUGUCGCUGGGUGAUUGCCUCUUGUGGACAACAUCCGAACACGGGUUCAUCGGGGCCGGAAGAUUGAGUCCACGUGCAUGCUCCCGGUCAAUCCAGCGAGAUUGCAGGCAUGGAGUAGACGACCGUCAUACAUGGCAACCCUUUUGCCCAUUGUCCAAGCUCAUCUCUCUCUCGGCUCUCUGAUCCACAUGCGAAACACCCAGCGCUCACGAUAAUCUCUCGGAUCACUCAUCUACGAAGAAAUUCGCACUUCGCAACGUGUGACUGUGGUCGUUAUCGCGAAUCCUUGAUGUCGACUUGAAAACGAUGUGCGAUGGCGUUAAGCUUGCCCCCCUGGCAACUUUUGUCACGGUCUGAGCCUGGCGGUGAACUAAACAUGGACUAGACGUUUCGUUACCUUUCCUGUCAUCUUCUUCCCGAACGUGUUUUGCCCCCGGGUUGCAAGUUUCGGAUAGCCCCACCUCUCUUGGUGCCCGAAGCUCGGGAUCGUGUUUUAUCUUCGAGUUACCGGUCGAACCAAGCUUUGUUUUCAACAAGGCUUCCUCAACCGGGCAUCGCGCUAAUGUGCAUAAAAGUUUCACCAACGUUGCCGUGUGUGUAGACAUUGAAUUUAGCCAUUUCUCUGGCUGCUACAAACCUGGAAAAUGCUAUCUGUGCACACGUAGAUGAAAACAGCCAUGCCUGCUAAUCCACACCAACAUCCGCACACAGCAACAAGACCUGAUCAUAGGCAUGACUUACUGCUGCCGCAAGUGUCUUUAGGCCCGUCCACGUCCGUUCACCACCAUACCGCAGCAUAUGGCUUGAGCAGAUUCAACCCGCGAGCAGCACCCACCCCCUGCAGCAACAGCUGCCCGCUUCUGCGCUUGACCCGCUACCUCCUUCUCACUAACCUAACCCAUGAAGUUAACCACCAGUACUCUCAUGGUGAAACGCGUGUGCCUGCUGCUUAGCCAUCGCAGGGAGCGUGUUGUUCAUCCGCGCAGUUCAGCUCCGCGCGCGGAAAAAUCCGAGGCAACGUCUUACUUACAUGACCGUCUAGAGCGAUGGAAUCCCCCCCAUACUUUUCACACUCUCGCAUACCGCUCUCGGGGUGCCUUGACCGGCGCAGCUGUUUCCGCGCAAAUAGUAGUGUGGCACUAUCUGCAGUACCUGUACUGUGGUACGGUUGUGAGAAAAUUAGUUGCGCUUGGCGAAAUAUGAAGACCGCCCGUACACAACAAGAUCCCCCAUCGUUCGGCUCACCAAUAAUCUAGACGGGAGAAAAUUGACCCCCCCCCCCCA